CAGGUUUUUUAUGUGCAAAUAGGAAAUGUGCUUAAAACAGGAGGAAACACUGAGUGUCUCACUGGGAGGAGAAAACUUGUCAUGUGGCUUCUCGUGGAGGACGGCCCAUCAGCUUUAAGCUAACUUGCAGUGGGCAGGAGGUCUGAGGUAAGGCGAGGGAUCAUGGGAGAUGGAGGACCCCUCCAGACCGAGGGGAACGCCCUCCUCAAAGCCGUCUUCCAGGGGAAGCUGAGGCUGACCCGCCUGCUGCUGGAGGGUGGAGCUUACAUCAAUGAGGGCAACGAGCGUGGCGAGACUCCCAUCUCUGCGGCCUGCUUAGCGAGCUACGACGACCCGCAAACCCGCCUUAGGAUGGUGCGCUACCUGCUGGAGAAAGGCGCUGAUCCGAACAUCCCAGACAAGAGCGGGCGGACAGCACUGAUGCACGCCUGUGCUGAGCUGGCGGGGAAGGAGGUGGUCUCCCUGCUGCUGGAGAACGGAGCUGAUCCCAGCCUCAAAGACUACUCUGGAUCCUCUGCCCUCGUCCACGCCAUCAACAAGGGGGACCGCGACACUCUGCAGGUCCUGCUGGAUGCCUGCAAGGCCAAAGGCAAAGAGGUGAUCAUCAUCACAACGGAUACUUCUCCUUCAGGCACCAAGAAGACGAAGCAGUACCUCAACUCUCCUCCUUCGCCGGGCAUUGUGGACAAGCUGUCCCCAGCCUGCAUGUCCCCCUCUGAGGUGGAGAUCGGCACCUCCUCACCGGCAGGAGACAGCAGCAAAGACGAAGAGGGGAUCUUCAGCUUCGCGCUCACCUCGGCUUUGCCCUUACCUUCUGCUCGACCUCCAGGAGAGAAGCGACCGCCGCCCCGUAAGCUGCUGAAGAGGCUGAACUCGGAGCCCUGGGGCCUGGUGGCACCCUCGGUGCUGAGCGGGGUUCCUCAGGAGAGGGGCGAUGGAGGUCUGGAGGAAGAAGGCGGCUGCAAUUUGAGUAGGACAAUCACAGAGAUAAACGGCCUGUCCAUCACAGAACCUGUGAGACCUCUGUUGUCACGGCGACACAGCAUCGAGACCCACGACCCCAGCUCCCCCAAACUCAUCGACCGGUCCUGCUCCGAGGACUGCGCAGCCCUGUCUGGUUCCUCCUGGGCCGACAAGGUUCAGCAGCACCAGAUCCUGUACCGCAGGAACACAGCCCCAGAGUCCCAGGAGAAUGCUGGGGGACCAGGGGCGGUUGCUGCCCGGGCCCUGGCUCACCCCAAACUGACCCGGAUGGAGCACUAUGAGUCGGACACCCACCUCUGCCCGGAGUCCAUCCCAGGAUCUCCUGACUCUGGUCGGGUGUCUGUGGAGCGGAGGAAGUACAACGCCUCCCCCCUCUCCCUGGUCACCAGCUCCUCCAGGGAGUCUCUGGAGAACAUCCCCAAUUCGGUGUCCCCCAUCACCAUGCGCCGGCGUCCCCCAGGACUCCUGGAGCGCCGGGGCUCGGGGACCCUCCUGCUGGACCAUAUCUCCCACACCAGGCCCGGCUUCCUGCCUCCACUCAACAUCAACCCCCAUAGGCCCAUCCCAGACAUCCGGGCCAAUGGCAAGCCCACCUCCCCUGUCCACUCCGGGCACAAGAUCCUGGUCCCCGUGGCUCCAGCUUCGCCCAAACGGGGCCCUGACUUCAAGAUGAAGAAGAAGCUGAUGAGGAGACACUCAAUGCAGACGGAGCAGAUGAAGCAGCUCUCCACCUUCCAGGAGAUCCUGGCCGAGAAGGUCAUCGAGUCCAACGGGGAUUGAUGACAGGAGGCGUCGGAGCACGGCAUGAUGGGUAGCUGCAGGGACUGUUGAGAAGGAUUUACUGUGAAGCGGAUUCCAUCAGAUCAUCACCACUGAUGAACCGUAAGGAGGGCUGCACCAACCAGGUCUGAAAGAAACUGACAGUCGGGUUUAAUCAGAGUUUAUUUAAACAGAUUCAAAUAAAACAUGAGUUUAAACUAUAAACCAGGGUUCAGAGGUCAACAGUUUAAUAAAUGUCACUGUGACACAGAAGAAGUAAAUGUAGAAGUGAUGUCAAAG